AUGGCAGGGGACAGACCCCUCGGGCUUCACAGGACCAGGAGCACCAUCAGGACCCACGGGGCUUCAGAGUUAAGGGAAACACACCAAGCCCUAGGCACCCCCAGGCGAAGCCCUCGACAAGGAAGCCUCCUCGGGGCACUUUGGAAUCCUGUCUGUGCCCUCUUCCUCUUGGAGCACCUGGCAAGUGCCCCCUCCACUGCCAAGAAGCCCAGGAGGAAGGUCAGCUCCACUGAAGGUGCUAGGAAGGAGGAGCCCAAGAGGAGGUCCACAAGGCUGUCAGCUAAGCCUGCUCCUGCGAAACUGGAGAUGAAGCGCAAAAAGGCAGUGGGAAAAGAUAAGUCUUCAGACCAAAAAGUGCAACCAAAAGGGAAAAGAGGCGCAAAGAGAAAACAAGCUGAACUGGCUAACCAAGAAACUAAAGAAGAUUUACCUACAGAAAAUGGAGAAACUAAAAAUGAAGAGAGUUCAGCCUCUGAUAAAGCAGGAGGGAAAGAAGCCAAGUCUGAUUAA